UUAAGCUAAACGAGCUUCAGAGACGCACCUGUUUCUGCUUGGUAAUCAGUAGGAUUGCUUUUAUUUGGAGGUUCCUCAGGUCAACACAUCUUCUUGUUCUCUUCACAUAUGGAAAGAUGGGAACACAAAGAAAGAACAGUCUGGACGUCCAUCUGUUGGGGUUCCUGUUGGCCGCAGCUCUGGUCCUCCCCGCUCUGAGUCUGGACAGCCUGCUGUGUUACUUCUGUCCUCUGAACCACACAAGAAGGUCCUUCAACAUCACCACCAACUGUCUGCCUGGUGAGCGCUGCGCCAUCUCCAGAGGCUACUACGGCUCCUUCCAGGCCCUGUCUUCUCAGGGCUCCUUGGACGCUGAACUCUGUGGCUCCCAUAAGAUCACCUCUUAUUGAGGGCUCAAGUUCAACGUCAGCCAUACCUGCUGCUGCACAGACAAAUGUAACGGCCAGCCAAAGUCUGACACCAGCCUGAAGAGGCUACUGGGGAUGAUUAAAGGCAAAAUAGAUCGCACUAACAUCACUAAUACUCUCAGUGAGGAGCCUUGGGAUUCAUGUGCAAAUUACACAUCAUCAACGAGCACCGUAUCACCUGCCACUGCAUCAUAGAAGAGCUUGUAGGAGACUGGGGAGAGGCCUGUUAGCCACAGGCACUUAACUCAGUCUCCAAAAGGUCAACAACAUUUGGUCAAAUGUUUGUGAUUAUUAGUAUUUUUGCUAAAUGAAUGCAUCAUGGUCAGUGUUUUGUGUGAUUCCAUUUUUGCUGCAGAGAGAAAAAGGUGGACUUAUCAGCCAUCCUUCUGGUAUAAUAGAGUAUUUCUGUGGUUACUGAUGAAUGCAGCAAAAUAAAAGCACCAUGAUUAAGCCUCCCACUUGGGUGUAGUUCCUUUGUGUAGAUUUUACAAGCAGGUGUGCUGGGAGGUGUGGCCUGUGCAGGAAGAUCUGGGGUCGGUGGUGAGAUUAGAGUUCGGAUCAGGUUAAACUCUGAAAAGUUUUGCCUGUUUGACUGGAAUUAAAAUCUUUAAUGUGCAGGCCGAAUGUGUUGCAGCUCCUUCACGUUGCCGUGUUGUGGCUCUACCUUCGCCUCCCCUCGGUGCUCUGUGAAAACCUGCGCUGCUUCUUCAGCCCCGUCCGGGAGAAUGAGAAAACAGUUAAGCUCAGUGUGACACUGUGCCCGAUCGAUGAGCUGUGCUUCAAGGGAGAAGGUCGCUACGGCAACCACAGCACCCUGUCGGCCAGGGGCUGCAUGGCGCAGAAGGACUGCAGCCAGGUGCACCAAAUCCGCAACAAAGGAGUCAUCUACCACAUGAGCUAUGACUGCUGUGCUUGGCCGUACUGUAACUCCUGCCCAGGACUCACAGCCAAAUACCUCUACAUCAUGGUAACACUUGUGACUGUAGCUGUGAUGGCCGGCAGCUUGUGACUAAAGACACCUGACGCGCUAUGUUGCGAGCAUCUUUAAGGGUUCAUGUCAAAGGGAAGAUUUUAGAUAUUUUAAGUUUCUAUCCUAAGUGAGCAGUGCUCAGAGGCAUCUCUGCAGCCUCAGCACGGAGUAAUGCAGAUGGCCUGUAACAGUAUGUGGUGAACGCCCAGUCUGAAGACACUGAGGUGUGCACCAAGAUGAUGCCAGAGAUUUCAACAUGUUAUUUUACAAUAUGUUUAAAAAAAGUGUUUUAUAAUGUUUUAAUGUUUAUAAAUAAAAAUUUGAAUAAUAAGUUAUA